UUGGCAGCGCGAUAGGAAACGUGAAGAAGUCGACACACUGGACUCGAAGCAGACGGCCUCCGCCCCCAGUAAAACCGUGACAGGGCCACACCUUGGGGAACAAUGGGUGUCACCGUUGAUUGCAUCAAUCCCGGCGACGGAAAAACGUUUGCCGCGAAAGGCCAGCAAGUCAGCGUGCACUACGUCGGGACACUGACAAAUGGCACUAAGUUUGACUCCUCCAGGGACCGAGGCCAGCCCUUUAAAUUCAAACUGGGCUGUGGUGAAGUCAUUCGAGGCUGGGAUGAGGGGGUCGCUCAGAUGAGCGUGGGCCAGAAGGCCCGCUUGACCUGCACGCCAGAUUACGCCUACGGCGGCCGAGGUUUCCCUCCCGUCAUUCCGGCCAACGCCACUCUCAUCUUUGAAGUGGAACUGCUUGGAAUUGUUUGACUUGUUCAUUUCGGGGGGUUUGUAGUUCAUCAGAACCUGUCAUUCCAACCUCAUCUGUCACAAACAAAGAUGCUUUCAGGGGUGUUUACAUAAUCAGAUAUCUUGGAUUCUCCUGUUCUUUUUUUUAAAUUGAUAUUUGAUUGAUAAUGUAGUGGAUUCAUGUUAAAUUUGGCUCGUAAAUGUUUGACUUGACACUCAGGUGCCCAUUGAAGCAGAAUGCUCUACAUGCACUAUAAAAUCACAACUUGCGUGCCAUCCAAUUAGUGGUAGAUGAACACCAAAUGUAUUUGCAUUGAUAUGACAGCUUUGGCACAAUAGUUAAAACACGUCACCUCAUAUUAUACGGAUAUAGAUAUCAAUGAAGGCCUCCGAUUUAAUCAGCGCUUGUUGUGUAGAAGCUGGAAGUGAAGUGUCCUUGUAUCACGUCAUCGUGCUUUGUAAGCUUUUGUUUCCGCUAUCAAACCACUAGAAACAGCCUCUGUUAUGUUCUUGCAUUAAAAACGAGUACACCACA